GGGACAAGGUCUGCCCCCUCAGGUCGGAGGAGGGGCUGCAACUGGCCUCUUUAAGUCGGCGCGGUGCCUGGGUGCGCACGCAGUCUGAGGACUCCGUGCACUCGCCGUACCAGACGCUUCCUGUUCUGCUGCUGGCUCCUCCUCCGGCCUCGGCGAAAUAGCCAAUCAUCGCCAGAGUUGGGUGGUGACACGCGAUCCCGGCGGGACACGCCGGGGCAAACGGUUUAAAAGGGCGUCGUUGAGCCGCCUGCCACCUAGCGGCGGAACGGUGGGCGGCGGGAGUGAAAGCUGCAGUCUCGGAUGCGGACGCAGUUUGAGAGAGCUGAGGAAGCGAGGCCUUCGGGAAUUCUCAAACAGGGUCUGGCUGUAUCACCCAGGAUGGAGUGCAGUGGGUUGAUCUCGGCUCACAGCAACCUCCACCCUUGAGGCUCAAGCAAUCCUCCUGCCUCAGCCUUCUGAGUAGCUGGGACUACAGGUCUCUUUUGCUGGUUCUUCUUCAGCUUCCUGACCUCUAAACAGUGGAAUACACAGGGCUUUGUCGUUGGACCUCUUCUCUUCUCCCUCUACAUACACACUAUGCCUUGGAUAAUCCUUUGAAGGAAGGUCAUUUAGUUCAACUUAAUGAAACCGAUAUCCUUCGCGUACUGACGGAAACACUGGUGGCGCAUAUUGAGGCCAUAUUUCCGGAUCAGACCCUGCUGGUUUGAACAGACAUGACAAGAGCGAGAAACCUGGCCGAAUUUUCGCGGGUGGCUCCAGUACAGCUGCUGGUGACCCAUCUUGCUCUCAGGAGUGCAAUGAGGUGUCACCUCUCCACUGACCGCUGAUUGCCACCAUCUCUGCUGUCUCACCAUCUCACCCGUCUGCUGACUGCCACCGUCUCCGCUGACUUGCUGCCUUUCAUUGUCUUUUUCCUUUCAUUGAUCACCAGAUGAUGGGAGGGCAAGUGAGCCCCCAAACUGGGGCUUAGCCUGGGAAGGUUCUUAGCUUUGCCCAGGAAAGAAAAUCCAAGGACGAGCCAGUGGUGUUAAACAGCAACUUUUAUUGAAGCAGCAGUGUACACUUAAAAAAUUUGCCUGUCCUGCCGAAGCCAUCAUGGUCUGCACACAUGCCCUCCUCCCUCCCGAGCUGCCUGGUUGAGGUGGUGGCCUCUUCGUCUGCAGUGAGGCCAGGCCGAGAGAGAUGAGUGAGGUCAGGAUGAUGAUGCUCACCUGUGUCUGUUUCUCCUUUCUGGGACGCAUGGGAGACUAUACUUCUGAGUUGCAAAAUGUGAACAACUGGUAAGUCUAGGUAAAAGUGACAUUUGUCUUGCAACUUUUCUAUAGGUUUGAUAUAGAAACUCUGGGUAAUUCUGCAGCACACUCUGCUUAAGAAAUUACUUGUAGAGAUGAUGGGGGAUGUGGGGUGUAGAGAUUUCCUGAUGAACACAUGCAUACCAGAGUUAUCAGGGAGUAGAAAUUAAUAGUGACAAAUCCAUUUGGAAAAGGGAGCGAGAGAGACAGACAGAGACAGAUGGAGUUGAGCAGAUGUGCAGAGAGAAGCACCUGGCCCCAGGGUGAGAGUGAAAAUAGCUGCCUCAGCUCCUGUUCACUUUCACGUUCUCAAUUCCAGUUUCACGAGGCCUAGCUAUGUGGCAGGCUGUACAGUGUACAGUUCCUUCCUUGGAUACUCAGGAAAUCUAUCCUCUCUUCCUUCCACUCUUGGCUCUCUUCUUUUACUUGGACCCGCCAAAGUAGACAAUUGUUUCUUAGAGCAGCUCCCACUAGAACAUUUGUUAGUAAUGAUAUUGUUUAUUUAUUAUUGUGCUUUAUUGUACCAUUUAAGUUAAUCCUUACACUAUUAGCAUUUUCAUUUUAUAGAGGAGGGAAAAAGAGAUACAGAGAGGUUUGCUAACUUGCCCAAGCUUGUAUAGCUCAUAAGUGAUUGAGCCAGAAUCAAGUCUAUAUUUUUUUUUUUAAUUUUUUUUUUUUUUUUUGAGACCGAAUCUCUGUCGCCCAGGCUGGAGUGCAGUGGCGUGAUCUUGGCUUGGGUGGAUAGAGCUGUUUCUUCAUAAGCCAUAAACCUAAGACUAAUCCUAAUCUGUUUCCUAACUUGUGUUUUAAUGCAUACCCGGAUUCUAACUGCCAUGGUCUUUUCUGCAGAAUGUGUUCUAGUCCCUACAUCCUAAUUUAUACCCCAACUUCCAUUCAAACCUUUCCCUUUUUCAAUUUCAUGAACUCUUUCCCCUGAACUUCUAACAUCUGUGACUGCUCCCAGCUCCUUUCCUUCCUCCCGUUCCUGCCACAUGCUAACCCAGCUAGACACUGGGGUCAUUGCUCGUUACGUAUCAUCUCAGCUAGCUGAUAUCCUACUCUAUGAGAUGGUAACAUUAGGUUUUCCAUUUUACAGAUGAGAAAACUGAGGCUCAAUGAGAUGAAUUUGGACAAAGUCCAUAUCUCUGGUGAAGCUAGGAUUUGAUCUAGUGGUGUUUUUUUGUUUGUUUGUUUUGUUUUGUUUUUGAGACGGAGUCUUACUCCGUUGCCCAAGCUGGAGUGCAGUGUGUGAUCUCAGCUCACUGCAUGCUCCACCUCCUGGGUUCAUGCCAUUCUCCUGCCUCAGCCUCCCGAGUAGCUGAGACUACAGGUGCCCACCACCACGCCUGGCUAAUUUUUGUAUUUUUAGUAGAGACAGGAUUUCACUAUGUUGGCCAGGCUGGUCUCAAACCCCUGACCUUGUGAUCCUCUUGCCUCGGCCUCCCAAAGUGCUGGGAUUAAAGGCAUGAGCCACCGUGCCUGGCUGUUUUGUUUUUUAAACUUUUUUUUUUUUUUUUUUUUUUUGAGACAGAGUCUUGUUCUGUUGCCCAGGCUGGGGUCUCCUGCCUCAGCCUCCCAAGUAGCUGGGACUACAGGCGCCCGCCACCACACCCGGCUAAUUUUUUGUAUUUUUAGUAGAGACGAGGUUUCACCAUGUUAGCCAGGAUGGUCCCGAUCUCCUGACCUCGUGAUCUGCCCACUUCGGCCUCGCAAAGUGCUGGGAUUACAGGCAUGAGCCACUGCGCCCAGCCUUAUUUUGUUUUUUAAAGUUAUGAUGCCUUUGGCUCUAAGUGAAAGAAAACAAAGUGGCCUUAAUAACGAAAUUUACUAUUUCACAUAAAAAGGCUGGCUAGUUCCAUGGCUCUACAUUACCCUCAGGACCCUGGCCUUUCUCCUCUACCAUCCAUCCUCGAUGUGUCCAGGACUUGUCUCCAGGUUAGCUUUCCGCGAGGCUUCCACAUGCCUGCCAGUGUUCUAGCCUCACAUCCCCCAAAAGUCUAGGGGCAGGAAUGGACAUUGUUUCGUCUUGUGCAUCUCUGUCUCUCUCACUUGCUCUAAUUUGAUGUGAAUCUUAUCUUUAAGAGCAAAGCAACUUUUCCCAGGACCCUCCCCUGCCCCAGCAGAUUUCCCCUCGUAUUAUCCAGAAUGCCGGAAGCCCGUGCCUAAGCGGUCGUGGGCAAGGAGCAUGGGACCAUGCUUAGACUAAUCCAGCUCAUUCCUCCAGGCUGGUUCUCCAGGCCUCCCUGAUGAAGUUUCUGGCUCCUUGGAAGAAAGGAGAUGGGGGUCAGGAAUAGGUAUAAGCUAUGAUAGUGUCUGUCACAGAAUCCCAAGUCUGGUUGUUAAGCUUGACACGCUGCUGCUAUUCUGGGCUUGCCCCUCGGCUCCCAUCAUCACUCUAACAUAUUUCCUCAGCUGUGAGGUAAGUCCCCACAACUCUAAAUGACACAUUCACUGUCCUUGGCAGAACAGUGAGGAACAUGAAAUGUGUGCCUUGGGGCCCAGUGCUCUUGUGUAAUUCCCCUGGGAUGUCAGUGCCGUCCUUGGUCAGUGCAGGCAUGGUCACUGGAGGUGGGGAGAGGAGCAGAGCUCUGCCUCAGAAACGUGGGUCCUGAGCCCUCAGCCUGGCCCUGACCCAGAACUGUUUGUUUUGUUUUUUGAGGUGGGGUCUGGCUGUGUUGCCCAGUUUGGACUGAAACUCCCAGACCCAAGUGAUCCUCCCACCUCAGCCUCCUCAGUACCUGGAUGUGAGCGUGGCUGCACCCGGCCCGGAGUUGGGUUUUAAUCAUGUUUCCCCUCCUCUGAGAUCUCAUCUUCCUGGUCUGUGCUUUUUCUUCUCUUAGAAUCCAAUUUUUUUUUUUUUUUUUUUAACAAAUUCUAACUUGCCCCCUAGUGUUACCGCCCACCCCUACAACAACUUUAUCCUGUUUCCUUCUCUCAACCCCCCACAGCUUUUCUGGCUCCCAUGGAGUGCACACUCGGCCACCGUGGCUGGAGCCUGGCAGAGCCUGGCUCAUUUGUUGAAUGGAUGACUCUGAUUAUAGCAUCCCCGCCUCCUUUAGCCCCACAGCCCUGGACACGGUACACACAGACCAGAGCCUUGGCUCAAAGGCAAACAAAAGGAACUGCCUGGCUCCCCAUGGCUGUGGCCAGCACCUUCAUACCAGAGCUUAACCCUCAGAACCCUCAUUAUAUCCCAGGGUACACUGGACACUGCCCACUACUUCGGUUCAGCAUGGGCCAGACCUAUGGGCAGGUGACUGGUCAGCUACUUCAAGGCCCUCCUGGCCUAGCCUGGCCUCCUGUCCACCGCACACUUCUGCCUCCCAUUCGGCCUCCAAGAUCUCCUGAGGUUCCCAGGGAGAGCCUACCUCUCAGGCGUGGGCACGAAAGGCUCAGCUCCAGCAUGAUCCCUGGGUACACAGGUUUUGUACCCCGGGCACAGUUCAUCUUUGCCAAGAACUGCAGCAAGGUCUGGGCCGAGGCUCUGAGUGACUUUACUCACUUGCAUGGAAAGCAAGGGAGUGAAGAGCUGCCAAAGGAGGCCAAGGGAAGAAAGGACACGGAGAAGGACCAGGUGCCAGAGCCGGAGGGGCAGCUGGAGGAGACAGCACUGGAGGUGGUGGAACAAGCUUCUCCCUACUUCAUGGAUGACAGGGACCCUCGGAAGUUCUUCAUGUCAGCUUUCCUGUGCUUACCAACCAGGCACUGCAGGAAUUUGGGCAGAAGCACUCACCAGGCAGUGCCCAGGACCCCAAACAUCUCCCCCCGCUUCCCAGGACAUACCCUCAGAACCUGGGUCUUUUACCUAACUAUGGGGGCUAUGUGCCAGGGUAUAAGUUCCAGUUUGGCCACACAUUUGGCCAUCUCACCCAUGAUGCUCUGGGCCUCAGCACCUUCCAGAAGCAGCUCUUGGCUUAGGCCCCUGGAUAUCAAGUUCCCUUCCCUUUUCAUCCUAUCCCAGCCAUCCUUUUGGAAGGGAGAAAGGUAGGGGAGCACAAAGAGAAAAUGGUCUGGAGGCUGAGCACCUUUUUUAUUAAUAGGUAUAAUAAAUAAAUAAAUAAAUACAUAAACAGAC